GGCGACUUUUAUACUAAUAGCGAAGCGAUUGGGCAUUUCAAGACGCGCAUCGCUCACGUUCUUGGACAUGUUAACCCCAGCAAUGGCAAGACCUGGGCCCAAAGCCCCGAGUACAUCUUUGCCUUUGAGGCUCAAAACGAAGCCAUGCAUCCACAGGGGAACCCAUCCGCUCUAGCGUCAUGGCAAUGCACGAUGGCACAGGCAAUCAAGCAGAACCUCAACGGAAGUACCGAUAUUCUGGUCACUACCGGAGGCGGUGCCUACGUAGACAAUUCUCUGCUCGACCCCUACUUCAGCUGCAGUGCCCUAGACGUCCUUGCCAUCCACGCCUACGGAGUCGAUGAUUUCGCCACUUCAAAACUUCAGCCUUACGUCACCAGGGCCAAGACCUCUGGAAAGAAACUCAUUAUGCAGGAAUGGGGUGCGUGUUACAUGGAUGCUCCGAACCAUAACUGCAACGGCGGUAGCCCCAUUGGUACAGGAACCAGAGACUCCAACAUCCGUACGUGGGCUGCUAGUAUUGAUGCUGCCGGGAUUCCGUGGUUCUACUGGCAGAUACUGCCUAACCCUGACCCCCAUCACGGCUGGGACUACGAGGUGGGAAUCGAUGAUGUGAACUGGGGUGCGCUCAAGGCGGCUGGUCUCGCUGCCGGCCAGGCCGAGUCUGCAUUCGACUUUGACCGUUAUCUCUUGUGAUGGGUAUUCGUAUCCGUUAACAAAGUGAAAAGUCGGUGCAGUAUCUGCCAGCCAUGCAACGAAUAGCCAGGAUGCUUGCACUACAAGAAGCUCUUUUCUGAAGUUUACUGUCAGAUGGACGUCGAUAUGAUGCCGAAAACGGGGAAACCCAGGCAGGGACCUAGCGGGUGUAAAUAAGCCCGCGUCCAGGCCUUCCUGCGCCAAAGUUUGCCCAGGGUACAUAGCAGCAGCAUCGUAGUGCAUAUCAAACCCUUCUCCAUGUAUACAUUCACGUAUUGCGCGGAUUGAUAGUCAAUGAUAUGAUACUUCCGCCUAGAAGCCUGAUGCCUUUCAUGUUCCAAGUAGGUACCUUAGGUUUAUUACAAAAGCAUGCACUGGU